AGUUUUCCCCGUCAAAAACUCGAAAAACUUUAGUAGUGUCGUGUUUUCCAAAACGGGUAGUUUUGCACUAAAAACUCGAUAACUUUGCACCGUUAGGUCGCAUAGAUCUGCGGCUUUCGUAUUCGGACCCGUGUCUCAACGGUUCAUAGAAUUUGAUAUUGAACAACAAAUACGUACAAUCUUACUGCGUGAACGUGAAGUGACAUUUCCAACAUUAAAAUUGACGGAUCCCGAUCGAAGACGUGACGUGUAUGAUGGAACAUGCUAUCAACAAAUUCUGCAAAAUGAAAAAGAAAAGUUUUUAACAUUAUCAAUGAAUGCGGAUGGGAUACAACUAAAACAUUGUUCGGGAUCAUCAUUAUGA